AUGGUUUACGUUCUAGCGGAACUGUCCUUCAUUGCUGAUGACCCUCGAUACGAGCGGGAGAAGCCUUAUGAUAUUGUAUAUGCGAGCUCUUCAGAUCCACUGAAGUCUAAUUGCCAAUUCGCCACAAGCUCUGCAAUCAGAAUCACUGAUUGCCGUUCCAAAUUCGAGGAGUACAACCUGAAACACCAUGGUUUCGCAUUUCUUCUGUGUCCUUCCAGUGUUUCCUUGCGUUCUCUGCUCUCGGAAGAUGUUGAUACGGCGAAGGAAGCUGUUCAGCCGUAUCUGAAAGGGACAAUUGCCAUUGCACGAGAAGAACUGAAACCCGAGCGAGUUAUUUGUUUCGAUUGGCGGAUCCGAAAGCGAAGCGUAAGCGAGGUUAAUGUAUCACACGACGGUGGGAGAGUCAAAUUGCAUCGCCAUCUCUCUAGCGAUGAGAUCGCGAAGGUCACUGAUGGGGAGUGGGAGAUUCAGUUCGUAAACGUCUGGCGCCCAAUUUCAGAGGUGGUCAAGGACGCACCGUUGACGCUAUGUGACCCGAGCUCUGUUGCCAGGGACGAUCUUCCGGAGGUCGACAAGGUGCACACUGACCAUGUCGAAGAGAGCGCUUACUUGAAACAGCGCCCUCAUCGUGAGUGGUAG